AUGGCUCUCAACGUGAACCGCUCCGUCACCGAUCCAUUCUACCGCUACAAGAUGCCGCGUAUCCAAGCCAAGGUCGAGGGGAAGGGAAAUGGCAUUAAAACCGUCAUUUCUAAUAUGGUCGAGAUCGCCAAGGCUCUCGAGCGUCCUCCUACUUAUCCAACAAAAUACUUCGGUUGUGAGCUCGGAGCGCAGACGCAAGUCGACCAGAAGAAUGAACGCUACAUCGUCAACGGAGAACACGAUGCGGCCAAGCUUCAAGACAUCUUAGACGGCUUUAUCAAGAAAUUCGUGCUUUGUCCGGCUUGCGAAAAUCCUGAGACUUUACUUACUGUACGCAAGCAGCAAAUCAACUCGAAAUGCAAGGCUUGUGGUCACAUGUACAUCAUUGAUCAACGUCAUCGUCUCGCUACGUUCAUUGUCAAGAAUCCGCCAAAGAUUGAGGUGGACUUUUCAGUGGUCAAGGAGAAGAAGCCAAGCAAGACAAACGGCACCAAUGGAACAGAUGCUCAGGACGAGAACAAUGAAAAUAAGCAAGACUCUUCGUCUGGAGAUGAGGUUCAAAUCGCUGAUGAGGAGGACGAAGAUUGGGCUCCAGAGGUCGAGUCGGAGAAACUUACAUCCGGCAUCAACAAACUUGUCAUUUCGGCCGAUCUGGACAAAUCGAUUGAGGAACGUCUCGAGAUGCUGUACACCUACUUCCAGGACAUGAAGAAGAAAAACGAGAUCGGCGAUGGAAAGGCACUUCGCAAUGAAGCCGAGAGACUCGAGCUGAAGCAGAAGGCGACUCUACUCUUGGCUAACGUGCUAUUCAAUGAACAAAUUGUUGCCGAAAAGCAAAUCGAGAAGUACAAGAAAUGUCUCUUGCAAUUUACGGCCAAUGAUGAGAAGGCUCAGCGUUACUUGCUCGGAGGAAUCGAACAGGUGGUCACCAAGUUCAAGGACGUUCUUCUUGUCCGUGCACCGCACAUCAUCAAGGGACUCUACGAUACUGACAUUUGUGAUGAGGACUCAAUCCUGAAAUGGGCUGAAAAGCCAACUUCAAAGUUUGUCUCGAAAACCGAGUCAAAGGCGAUCAUUGCCGCUUGUGAGAAAGUGAUCAAUUGGUUGAAGGAGGCCGAAGAAGAGACUGAAGAUGACGACGACGAUGACGACGACGACGAUGAGAUCAAGUUUGAUGGAGCAAAGACCUCUCAGAUGGCACAGCAAAACGCGGAGCGCCUCAACAAGCAAAUCACGGCUGUCAACGACGAGAAUGGAGAAGAAAUCGACAUCGAGAACAUC